AUGCCAAAUCCCAAAUCCCAAAAUACUUUAAGCUCGGACGGCCGAAGCAAUUACUACUGUUACAUGUUACUAUGCACUUGUACCAAUGCAUCCAAACUGAUCGCCAACAAAACCACCUGGGAAGUCUGGCAGACUACCAAACCGCACUACGCUCAGUUAACCCUUCACCCCGUGUUCGUGUAUGGACGCAACCCUGUGCAGGCAUCUGCCAAGGGGAUCCAAGGAUCAUCACAUGGACUUCUCUGCUAUACCAUCAUGACAGGCAUGCCUCAUUGCUUUCAUUCCCAAAUUCCCGUUGUUCAUAUCGACGACGUGGUCGAAGCACACCUGAAGGCCUUGGACGCAGCCAUCCUGGACGGAUCGCCGUAUCCGCUCUCGGGACAGGGCAGGACGUGGAGAGAUCUGGCAGAUGUUGUUCAGCAACUCUAUCCGGAGCCCGGGGCAAAUCUCAUACUGGACAUCAAGGAAGAGUUCUUCUCAACGGACAGUACCAAAGCACAAGCAGAGCUGGGGAUGCGAUGGCGCUCGUGGGACUAG